AUGGACUCUGAUCUGAGCCUCUCCAGCCGGCUCCCGCCCAACAGGACGACGCGGUUCCGGUGGCAGGACGGCGCGGUGCUCGACAUCCGGGCCGACGUGGGCGCCCUCCGCGUGCUGCCCCUCGAGACCAUCCACGCCAUACUGCAGCAGCUGGACCUGGCCAGCCUGCACCGGCUGGAGAACGUGAGCCGGGGCAUGCGGCGCGCCGUCGCCAGUCUGCCGCAGCUGCAGGCCGUCGCUCAGUGCGCGCCCGACGCCGUGCGCGCCAUCUGGGCAGCGCGCGUCAGCCACCUCAUCGCAUGUGGAGACCUGUACACGCAGCUCUGCCGCCCGGCCUGCGUCUUCUGCAACUUCCGGCCGGGCGAGUACCUCUACCUGCUCGCGUGCCACCGCGUGUGUCGCAAAUGCCUGCUCGGGCAGUCGCGCUACAAGCCGCUGCGGCCGUCCGAGGCGCGCCGGGCGGGCCUGCGCGUGCACGAGGUCCGCCGCCUGCCGCGCCUGCGCGUGCCCAAGUACUCGCAGCGCGCGCGCGGGCUGCGCACUUCGGGCAAAAUCCGCCAGCGCAACACCACUGGCUGGCUGCUCCUGGACUUUGAAGCCGUUGUGCGCGAGAUAGGUCGGGUUCGGUACACAAAGCGCUGGACGGAGGCUGCAGUCGCCUCGCUGUUCCAGAGGCAGCCGUCAAGCGAGGUGCUUCCUUACAAGCCCGAGUAUGCCUACUCGGCGUCGGUGCUGCUCCCGUGGCUGGACCGCAGCACGCAAAACGUUGGCCGCCCGGAACUGUGCCGGGCGUGCCGGUUUGCCGCCCAGACAGCGCCGAGCGCGGCCCAAGUCACUCCGCAGCGGGCACCCUGCCAGUCGUGGUACCACUGCGGGACGCAGCAGGGUCUAAAGGACCACAUCGGCCGUCAUGGAGCGAUUAAGGAUGGUUUACAUGUUAAAGUUGCCGUCUGA